UGCUCCGGGGGUGUUCUUAGCGUCAGUCCUUCUUUAAACAGAAGUAGUAGAAGUCAGACUGAAAGCAUUGGAAUAAGACUUUUGCAAAAGAACAUUGUGCAUCAUGGAUUCUCUUCCAGAAGAAUUUUUUGUGAGGCAUCUUCCUGUGGAGGAGGAGACUAAGGAAGAAACUGAGAAUAAGGUAGAAAAGUUAACUGAUCAACUGGAUAAACAGGAAAAGGACAUACCUUCUAAUCUUAUGCCUGUUAAUCUACUAUUAGAGGUGAAGAAGUUAUUGAGUACAAUUAAUAAUCUACCAAAAGGUGUGGUCCCUUACAUUAAGAAGUUUGUAGAAGAAAAUUUUUCUUUCCAAACUAUGCAGAGAGAAGUUGCAGCUAACAGCCAGAAUGGGGAGGAAAUAGUUCCUGCUUUGACUUUACGUUUCUUGAUAACACAACUGGAAGCAUCACUUAGGAACAUUCAAGCUACUAAUUAUACUGCACAUCAGAUUAAUAUUGGUUAUUAUUUGACAUUACUGUUUUUGUAUGGAGUAGCACUCACUGAAAGAGGAAAGAAAGAGGAUUAUACAGAAGCUGAGAAUAAGUUUCUAGUGAUGAAGAUGGUGAUCCAAGAAAAUGAAAUUUGUGAAAACUUUAUGUCUUUAGUUUAUUUUGGACGUGGUUUGCUUCAUUGUUCUCAGAAAAGAUAUAAUGGAGGACUGCUAGAAUUUUAUAGAAGCUUACAAGAAAUAAGUGAUACAAAUGAUCAUUGGUUUGACAUAGAUCUUGCGGAAGAUGAAGAUUUCCCUACAACUUUUAAAGAUCUUCUCAAUAAUUUUAUCAAGACAACUGAAAGUAAUAUAAUGAAGCAGACCAUUUGCAGUUAUCUAGAUUGUGAACGAUCUUGUGAAGCUGACAUUUUAAGGAACACCAAUUAUAAGGGAUUUUUUCAAUUAAUGUGCAAUAAAAACUGCUGUGUUUAUUUUCAUAAAAUUUGUUGGAAAAAGUUCAAGAAUUUAAAAUAUCCAGGUGAAAAUGAUCAGAGUUUUAGUGGGAAAAAAUGUUUGAAGGAAGGAUGUACAGGUGACAUGGUAAGGAUGCUACAAUGUGAUGAACCUGGAAUUGUUAAAAUUUUGUUUGAAGUUGUGAGAAAGGAUGAAUAUAUUACCAUUGAAAAUUUAGGAGCAAGUUAUAAAGAGUUGAUGUCUCUGAAAAGAACUGAUACUGAUAUAAGACCGGAGAUCAAUUUAAAAUUUAGUACAAAAGAUGAAAUGCCUAUCUUCAAACUUGAUUAUAAUUAUUUCUAUCAUCUGCUUCAUAUAAUUAUUAUUUGUGGUACUGACAUUGUCCGGAAAAUAUUUGAUGAGGCUCUGCCACCCCCUCUUUUGAAAAAAGAGCUCCUUAUUCACAAGAAAGUGCUGGAACCCUACUACAAACAUCUUUGGACUAAUCACCCUUUGGGUGGAGCAUGGCAUCUGCUUUAUCCCCCAAAGAAGAAGCUACCACAAUCCAAACAAUUUGACUUAUACCUCCUAUUAGCUCUCAUAAAACAUUUGCAUGUAUUCCCUGCACCUAAAAAUGGCUGGAAUAUGGAACCAUCAUCUUCUGAUUGCUCUAAGUCUGCAGACAUCCUGAGGCUGUGCAAAUACAGGGAUCUCCUCCUUAGUGAGAUUUUGAUGAAUGGUCUCACUGAGUCACAAUUCAAUUCAAUUUGGGAAAAAGUUUCUGAUACUCUUCUGCGACUUGGAAUGAAGCAAGAGGAUAUUGACAAAGUGAAGGAGAAUCCCAUUGAGAAUAUCUCCCUUGAUUACCAUCAGCUGUCCAUCUACCUAGGUAUACCAGUACCAGAUAUCAUCCAGAGGAUGUUAUCCUGCUAUCAACAAGGACUUGCUCUACAGUCAAUAACCGGCAGUCAACAUAUUGACAUAGAAGAAUUACAAAACGAGGAAGAAGAACUAAGUCCACUUCUCAUGGAGUACCAUAUAAAUGUAAAAUCAAACCCUGAGAUACAGUUAGCAGAAAUGAAUAAAGAUGAUGCAUCAAUACCAAGUGAAUCUUCAACAGAAUCUAUUAAAGAUCUCCAGGAAGUUAAUAGUAAACCAAUGAAAAAGAAAAAGACUAAAAGUAAAAAGAAUAAGGAAUCAAAAGAAGAGCAAGUCCAAAAUAUGGUAGGAAAGGAAAAGUAUUUGAAGAAAGAGCAAGCAAAUCUACACCCAGUAGAUAUAAGUGAUAUUCAAGAAGAUUCCACAACUGAAGAAAAGUUCUGUAGCCUGGAUGAAUUGCAUAUUCUGAACAUGAUAGAGCAGGGUUCAACCAGUAAUUUACCUGCAGAAUAUGGAGAAAUUGAUAAGGAAAAGCUUGCUCGACAACUGCAGCUUUAUAAAUUGCGCUAUCAGUGUGAAGGCUUUGAGAAACAGUUGAAAAGAUUGACAUUGCGGUGGCAAGAAAACCAACUACAGGUUAAGAAGAGAGAUAAAAUCAUCGCAUCUCUUAAUCAACAAGUGGCUUUUGGAAUCAAUAAGAUUUCCAAAUUACAGCGUCAAAACCAUGCCAAAGAUAAUGAGAUCAAGAACCUUAAAGAGCAACUUUCCAUGAAAAGAUCUCAGUGGGAAAUGGAGAAGCUUAAUAUGGAAACCACAAUUAAAACAUACUUAAGCAAACUGAAUGCAGAAACUAGUAGAGCUUUAACAGCUGAGGUGUAUUUCUUACAGUGUCGUAGAGAUUUUGGUUUGCUUCAUCUAGAGCAGACUGAAAAGGAAUGCCUCAGUCAUCUUGCCAGGGUGACUCAGAUGGCGGCAAGCAACCUAGAAUCGCUUCAGUUAAAGGCUGCAGUAGACAGUUGGAAUGCCAUUGUGACAGAUGUCAGGAACAAGAUUGCAUUCCUUAGGACACAAUACAAUGAACAAAUUAACCAGGUGAAGCAAGGAUUUGCCUUGAGUACCUUGCCUCCAAUCCAGCUUCCUCCACCACCACCCAGUCCUGAUAUACUGAUGCAGCAGUUCUUGGGAAGACCCCUUGUGAAAAAAUCUUUCUUUAGACCCAUACUCACUGUUCCUCAAAUGCCUGCCAUUUGUCAUGGAGUCAUCUCUGCACCUGGCCAACCGAGGCCCCCCCUGAUGUCUGGCCUAACCUGGACUAUGCCGGCACCUGUGGGAAAGGCUGUGUCUCCUGGUGCAGGUCUGGAAAGUGAUCCUCCCAUGAUGAAUUGGGAGAGGAUUAUAGACAGAUUGAAAAAUGCUUUUCCACAACAGACCAGAAAGGAGCUUACAGAUUUCUUACGAAAAGUGAAAGAUGCUCAUGGGAACUCCUUACCUGGUCUGACAUUUGAUGACAUUGUUUACAAGAUUUCUCAAUUUAUUGACCCCAAGAGAUCUCAGAGUCAAGGAAAAUCAGUGCCAAGUGGUAGUUGUGUUUCACCCAGCCAUCCUCCACCACAGUCCAGUGCUGCCCAGCCCCCAAAACCAGCCUGGAGGCUCCUCAGUUCACAAAGUCCUGUCACGUGGGAAGGAGCCAAUAAUUUGGAUGAUGAGGGAGAGGAAGAAGAGCCUUGUGUGAUCUGUCAUGAGAAUCUCUCUCCAGAAAACCUCUCAGUUUUGCCUUGUGCUCACAAAUUUCACUCUCAGUGCAUUAGACCUUGGUUAAUGCAGCAGGGGACAUGCCCAACAUGCAGGCUCCAUGUUUUGCUACAAGAAGACUUUCCUGGUCACUCCAGCCGGCACUUGUCUAAGAUCUGAUACAAGGGACUAUGCAAAGGGAGUUUUUAGACUCCAAAAUUUAGUUUUGCCUUUUGUUAUGAGCUUAUAGUGUGAGUGGUGUGAAGCAGUCCACUCCUCAGUUUUGUACAAAAGAAGCUAACUAAUCUCAUCAAAACUACAGCCAAAGAGGACAGGACAAAUCUUCAGGAGUGUGAACUGAAUGAAAUGGCUUAAAGAUGAUGGAAUUUUAAAGGUUACAUCCAUUACAUUUAAUCUUAUAUUAGUAGGUGUUUUCUUCUAGCAUAAACAUGGUAACUGUUAGCAUUUAUCUCAAGAUGUCUUUUCUCGUAAUUUUUCUUCCCUUAUUCCACUCAUACUUGACUUUCCCCCAUUAUACUACAUUUUAAUUUUCUGAAAUAAAUUUAAGCAAGAGAAAUACUGUAAAACUAAAAGGAGAAGUAGGAAAAUUGCCCAGAUUUUAGUGUUUCUUUUAACUUUUGAAACUGCUUACAAAAAUAUAAUUAUUUAAAUUUUAUCUCUAUCUUCCCUAUUCUUUUUUAUUCUCUAACAUAUGUACCCAUGAAGAAGUUAUGAGCUACUUGUGGACUAUACAGUGGUGUAUUGGAACUGUCUUAUAAUGGCUUGUGAGAGAUGAUUGUUAAAGUUCCAGGAAUUUUGUGAGCCAAUUAUCAAAUUGCUGGUAACUUGAAAUUUGUCUGUAGUGGGAGUGUUUACCCCAUAGAAAUUGGCAAAUCCUCUAAGUGCUUCUCCUGCUCUCAUAGUACACAGUACACCAUUGGGACCAUGACUGACCCUUCUUUGUGUUCCCAGUGUUUUGCCCAGUAGGUGCAGCAUAAAUAUUCCCAGAAUCAGAAAUAAGGAAGUAGUAAGAAAAGGAGUUAAUGUGUGAAUUAAGUCACUUGCUCAGUUGAAUAAUUGAGAUCUUAUAUCCAUUUGUUGUAAACAUGGUCUUAUGCCUUAAUCAUUUAUGCUUAGUAGGAAUAUUAUUUUUCACCUUCAUUAUCUAAUUUCACUUUCUGAUGCCAGGGGAUGUGGGGCACUUUUUGUGUAUAAUUGCUUCUUGUGACAAACUUAAUACCCACUGGGUUAAGUUGCAUAUCUAAAGCUUGUCACUGAGAGCUUGUAUUCUUUGAAGUCAAAACCAUAUUGUGUAAAUGCUGUAUGUUUACAUGUCGCCAGUUACAAAAUUAGAAUAAUUCAGUUAUCUUGUAAGACAAAUAUUACUUGGUUCCUAUUUUUUCCAUAAUUAAUGAAAUAAAGACUGUGAAUGUGUUCCCUGACUCAGCAAGUAUUCUUUUGAAUAUUUCAGUGUAAAUGUGUAUCUUGAAGUUACUUCAGAUCUCUAUUUAAACUUUUUUUCUGUAAUGAUAUGCUAUUUUCUCCUGUAAUAAGAACAGACUGUAAAAUGCAAAGGAAAAAUCCAAAAAAUGAAAGCAGUCAUCUAGACACAUAAAAUCCCAAGAGUGUAUCAGAAUUGCAAAAUUCAGAAUUUAUAGGGCCUUUAAUAAUUUUCUUGUCUAAAUUUCAAGGUCAUGGUAAUAGAGCAAAUUAUCUUGUAAAAAAAAUGUUUCAUAGUUUAUGUUUACAAUUCCAAUUUCAUUUUCAUGUGAGAAAGAAUAAAUAUUUC